UAACGAUAUACGAUAUAUAUAUAUGAGCAGUUCACUAUUGUAAUAGUGAGCUACCUCUUUAUAAAUUACAAACAGUCAACACGGGCUUAACUACAAAACUACCACCCCCAGCGGCCGCCUCGGAUCCCUCACUCAAACAAGGCUUGAGUUGGGAACUUGUAGUUUUAUCCAGGUACCGUAUCCGCAGAUACCGGCGCGGCUGUCGAAAUGAAAAAACUACAACGCCCAGAAUGCAACGCUCAUGAAGGGGUGGCCGGUUCAUUGUUGCCGGAAGUUCUUUGUUAAAGAGACACGGCUGUGUCUGAGGGCUCCAGGGAGGCUGGUUCCUGGGUGCAGAGCGGUCUGAUGGAGGCUGUUCAGUCAGCUGCCCUGCCCGGUACAGGGCGCUGCGUGGAAGGGGAGUCAGCGCCUCUCUCCCCCGAGCUGGAGGCCGUGUUCCAGGGCUCCAGGGAGGCUGGUUCCUGGGUGCAGAGCGGUCUGAUGGAGGCUGUUCAGUCAGCUGCCCUGCCCGGUACAGGGCGCUGCGUGGAAGGGGAGUCAGCGCCUCUCUCCCCCGAGCUGGAGGCCGUGUUCCAGGGCUCCAGGGAGGCUGGUUCCUGGGUGCAGAGCGGUCUGAUGGAGGCUGUUCAGUCAGCUGCCCUGCCCGGUACAGGGGGCUGCGUGGAAGGGGAGUCAGCGCCUCUCUCCCCCGAGCUGGAAGCCGUGUUCCAGGGCUCCAGGGGGGCUGGUUCCUGGGCGCAGAGCGGUCUGAUGGAGGCUGUUCAGUCAGCUGCCCUGCCCGGUACAGGGGGCUGCGUACAAGGGGAGUCAGCGCCUCUCUCCCCCGAGCUGGAGGCCGUGUUCCAGGGCUCCAGCCCUGCCUCCCUCUUCCUGCAGGGGGAGCUAGUGCUGAGCGCACGCCUGCGGGAGCUGUCGUUCGGAGCGCCGGUGGAGUACGUCUACAAUCCCCUGGAGUACGCCUGGGACACACACCAGUGCUACGUCAACAAGUACUGUCAGGGGAGGAAAGAGGUGCUGUUCCUGGGCAUGAACCCAGGGCCCUUUGGCAUGGCACAGAACGGGGUCCCCUUCGGGGAGGCGAGCAUUGUCCGCGACUGGCUGCACAUCACCGGGAAGGUGGGUCGGCCUCCCUUCGAACACCCUAAGCGUCCGAUCCUGGGGCUGGAGUGCCGGCAGCGUGAGGUGAGCGGAGCCCGUUUCUGGGGCUUCUUCCAGAAGCUGUGCGGGGAGCCGGGGGUGUUCUUCCGCCGCUGUUUCGUGCACAACCUCUGCCCCCUGGCCUUCGUGAGCCAGACUGGCAGGAACCUGACCCCCGCCGAGCUGCCCGUGGAGCAGAGAGACAAGCUGCUGAGGCUGUGUGACCUGGCGCUGUGCCAGGCUGUCCGAGCCCUGGGGGUCAGCACUGUGGUGGGGGUGGGCAGGCUGGCGGAGCAGCGUGCCCGCAGAGCUCUGUCCGAGGCAGGGGUGGAGGGGGUGAGGGUGGAGGGCAUCAUGCACCCCUCACCCAGGAACCCGCAGGCCAACAAGGGCUGGGAGGAGAUAGCCAGAGCCAAGCUGGAGGAAGUCGGAGUCCUGUCCCUGCUGAGCGAAUGACUGUGCCGUCAGUGAGAGGGCUGAGGAGCCCGAGGCAAUGAAAAGACCAUUAGGCACUGCUUCUAUUACAAACCGAACUUUACCAAGGAUGCAAUGAAAUGCUGACCAAGACCACAGCAAGGAGGGGCGCCCCCUAGCCUUGUCUUGGAGAAGCGCACCUUCCUGGCCAGGGUCUAGUGAGUGUUUUGUGCUUUGUGAUUGUGUCUUAAUGGGGGUUGAAUUCGAAGAUUUGUGUUGGGUGGCUUAAUAGACUGGAGGGGGUAUAACCUGGCGGUUGGAAGGAUGAGAUCAGGGUUCCACACAAGUGGAGUGACUCAUUCAUUCUUUCUUUUUUUCUUUGUAAACAACUUUUAAUGUAAUUUUACAACAUUUUUUCUUUGUCUUUUUUAAGUGUAACUUAAUAUUUUCUAGCAUUAAUUAGUUAGUUUAAUAUUUUGUAAUUGCAUAGCAUUAAUUCUUUCUUUCUUUGUUUAAGUUUUGAGCCGUGUGUUUUUUGUAAUGGUUUUUGGUGCUGUUUGUUUGCAGUGUAAAUUGCUUGAUUGUUUCCUGUCACUGGGAGACUCUCGCUCUGUUUCUCAGUUUCAGAACACUAGGUGCUGUCAGGGUCUGCCUCUUAAGAGCGGUCAAUAUUUCAGAGAGAUUUCACUCGUUCACACCGGCAGACUUGUACAGACACACACUGAUACACACACAUUGAUACACACACACACUGAAACACACACACACACACUGAAACACACAGAGA